UUUGAGGAGGAGAUAAAAAGGAGAGUGGGAAAAGAAAAUGAAAGGGUCUAGCUGUGAGAGAAUUUGCAUUCACCAUCGGCGAAAUGAAAUCCUUACCUUUGAGGGUUUGGGUUUAGUUAAGUCUUAGCCCAAAUUGUAUACAAGGGCCUUUUCCCUUGACCUUCAUCCAAGCUGGGCCACAGUUAUAUCUUUAACGGGCAGCAGUUACCAGAGUUGUCAACCACCUUUCUCCAACCGAGUCUCUGAAACAUGGCAGACAAAUGGAAGCACACAGCUCUGCUUGUAAUUGACAUGCAGCAUGAUUUCGUAGAUGUGGAUGGUCCUAUGCUUGUCAAUGGAGGCAAAGCCAUAGUCCCAAAUGUAAUCAAGGCCGUUCAAAUCGCUAGGCAGCGUGGCUUGCUCGUAGUUUGGGUUGUGCGUGAACAUGACCCACUAGGAAGAGAUGUUGAGCUUUUCCGCCGGCACUUAUAUCCUGCUGGGAAAGUUGGUCCAACCGUUAAGGGUCAGUUUGGUGCUGAACUUGUUGAUGGGCUUGUGAUUCAAGAAGGGGAUUAUAAGUUGGUCAAGACCCGGUUUAGUGCAUUCUUUGGUACACAUCUUGAUUCAUUUCUUAAGGGUGCUGGAAUUGACAGUUUGGUUGUCACUGGUGUUCAGACUCCAAACUGCAUUAGGCAGACUGUGUUUGAUGGUGUAGCUUUGGAUUACAAAUCUGUUACAGUUGUUCUUGAUGCCACAGCUGCUGCUACACCUGAAGUACACGCUGCCAAUAUAUUGGACAUGAAGAACAUUGGAGUUGCAACACCAACCUUACAAGAAUGGUGUGAAUCUGAUGCUUGAUCCUUCUGGUAACCAAAUAGGUUUCCUUCUGCUUGAUUGUUGCAAUAAGACAGUCCUGUAGACUUGCAUUUUGACGAAAGAAUGGCUUUCCUUCCUUUUCUUUGACUGUAUAUUGAGUGUCUUAACAUUUCACACAAUAAGCCCCUUCUACAACUUCAAUCUGCACUGUCUUUGAUCGAUUUACAAAGUGACACAGCAGGUUACAUGUCAAUAAAAGUCCGCCGGCAGUGCGAUGUGUCCCCAGAUAUAUAGGGGCUGAGGGUACCAUGACAUGUAUGUAAAAGUAUUCAUAAAAAUAUCAUGAUCUUUUUCA